AUAUAAUUGAAAAAUAGCCUAAAAUGUGGCCCAUUCUAUUGAAGACCUCGGUCUCACUUCACUCUGACUCCGUAUCCAACUCCAAUGGAGGGAAAAAUCGAGACAUUAUGGAACGAAGUACGGGAGCUCAAUCUCGGCACCUCCGGCGAGCUGGACCGCCUCGAUUUCCCGCCAACUCCACUCCAGUUCCUCCGAGACUUCGUCUCCCAAAACAAGCCCUGCAUCAUCUCCAACGCCACCCAUCACUGGCCGGCCCUCACCCGCUGGACCUCCGACUCCUACCUGACCUCCGCCCUCUCCUCCUCCCACGUGUCCCUCCACCUCACCCCUCACGGCCGCGCCGACGCCCUCGUCCCCUCCCCUUCCUCCUCCUCCCUCUGCUUCGCCUCCGCUCACGUGCAGCGCACGCCCUUCCCCGAAGCCCUCCGCCUCAUCACGGCCGCCAAAAACGACGCGUCGUCGUUCGUGGCCUACGCGCAGCAGCAGAACAAUUGCUUCCCCUCCGAGUACUCGCCGCUGGCGGCGGACUGCGAUCCGCACAUCCAAUUCGCCACCGAAGCCCUAGGUUGCCGACCCGAGGCCGUCAACAUGUGGAUUGGCGACGAGCGCUCGACGACGUCGUUUCACAAGGAUCACUACGAGAAUCUCUACGCUGUGGUCACGGGACAGAAGCAUUUCCUCCUCCUCCCUCCCACCGAUGUGCAUCGGAUGUACGUAAGGGAGUACCCGGCCGCUCAGUAUUCGUAUUCUCCGGUCACCGGAGAGUUUGAGCUGGAAAUGGAGAGUCCGGCUAGGUCUGUGCCUUGGUCUAGUGUCGAUCCUUACCCUGCUCCUGAGGACAGCUCUUCUUCUCUCUCCAAGUUCCCUUUGUUCUUCAAUGGGCCUAAGCCAUUUUGCUGUACGAUUAAUCCAGGAGAGAUGCUUUACUUGCCAAGUAUGUGGUUUCAUCAUGUUAGGCAAAGCCCAGAUAGCAGAGGACGAACUAUUGCUGUAAAUUACUGGUAUGAUAUGCAGUUUGAUAUCAAGUAUGCGUACUUCAACUUCUUGCAGUCAAUUCAAUGCCCACCGAUUGAGAGUCAAACGCUGGCCGAGACAGUGCAGGAGGAUUUAGAUUCUGAUGCACCGGAGAAGACUGAAGAUGAAUGAUGGAAUAAGUACCAGAUCAUUAUUCUGUGUAUUGGAUAGUCAGUUGUGGGCUUUUUUCGGACUAAGGAGACUGAGGCUGGGCUGGCCGAUAAUGUUAUAUCCUCUGGCGUUGUUCACACACUGACCACCAUGUAUUUUCACAGUUUGUUCCAUGCCUCCUUUUGAGUUUUGACCAAGGACUCAGCCUCUGAGUUUCCAGUUGUUGAGAAACUUGUUCCAUUUUUGGUCGAGACUGAGGACUGGUAUUCAAGCAUGAAAAUGCUAUCUUCACAAGAGAGAGCAGUUCACCUGCAACUUCAUCUGUAGGAGGGGUAAUGCGUUUGUCAAAAACAUCCACAAUUAACAUUUGAUGGGCGGGUAAUGCAGAUGACGGUGAAGAUGACCCAGAUGAUAAAGGUACGAGAAGAUCUCCUGGAUGCCUUCCCAUAAUUGUUUCCAAUGUUACCACACCGUAGCUGUAAACAUCACAUUUCUCGUUCACUUCCAUUGUAUAAGCAAGCUCUGCACACAAAAAUUUUAUAAAAAUUGAAUUUUCAUUAUUGA